AAUACACAUACGGCUGGUUGUCUUUUCUGUUUGUUCAAAAGGUCAGUCAGAUUAAGAUCUGUCAGAAGAUGAGUAAAUCAGAAAAACCUCUGUCAACGCUAUGGGGGUGUGAACUAAAUGAUUCAAACAAGCAAGAGUCUUUCAAGACUGAUGACACAAAUCAUCAGCACCAGCUUGCAUUAAGAACGAUGUGCUUGGGCCAUACUGUGAAAGAUGAGUUUAACAUUGUUGAAUUAGUUUCUGGGGAGGGUGACAAUGCCAAAGGUGUACCAAUUGCAACUCUACAUGCCAAGUCAAUGCCUACAGUCAACUUGUCUGGCUUAGACUUGCAUCCACCUGUGACCUUUAGGCUGAAGCAUGGCUCAGGCCCUGUAUUUGUUGGUGCAGAACAUGUAGCCUUGGAAGACUAUUCAGAUGAAGAAAUGGAUGAUGAGAUGGAGGAGGACGUGGAAGAAGAGGAGGAAGAUAUUGAAGAGUCACCUGUGAAGAAAGUCAUAAAAGAUGGUGGAGGAAAAAGAAAGAAGCCAGAAAAGGGAGAAGAUGAGGGUGAAGCAUCAGAAGGUGAAAAUAAUCCCCCUAAAAAGGGAAAAGGAAGGGGUAGAAAGCCAAUGGCUGCAAAGGUUUGACCAAACAGGAGGAACGAUAAAAUGAUAAUAGCUGAACUAAUUAAUUCAAAGGAAACUAUUCUGAAGCAAUUGUAAAGCCUUUUGGGGUAUAGAUUUUGAAAUGCUUACACUUGCAUUGCAACUAUAUCUUGGCUUUUAGUAAUAAAACUGCAAAAGAAAAGUUUCCCAUUUGUCAGCUGUGAAGGGACUGUAUUAAAUAAACCUAUACUGUUUGUAUUGAGUGA